CGGCCGUUCAAAACCCCGGUGCUGGCCAACUCUCUCCACUCUGAGUCUCCCGGGAGAGGGAGCGUGGGCUGCCCGCUAGGAAGGGGUCGCAGCUACCCCACGUGAAAACGGGCGGUGCUGGGGCGUGUGCGCACCUCUCCUACAGCAGCCCCCAGCGUCGCCCGGGGGCGGGGAUAGGUGGGCGCCAAGGCGGGAAGUGUGGAGAGCGCUGCGGGGCGGGGAGUGGGCGGUGCAGAGCGAAGGGUCCUCCGGCCCCCUCUGCUCCUCCACUCUCCGCUCUCGCACGUUCCGCGCUUCCCCUGCCAGCGAACGGAGCAUCCUCCAUCCCAACCCUCCUGCCAGGCUGAGCUGGAGACCCUAAGACUCGGGACCGCAGAUCCAGAAACCCCACGCUCCCUCGGCCAGGAAAACCCUGAUGCGCAGUUACAGCGAGACUGGAGGGACUUGAUAUUCUCACCUACAGAGCUGCCAUUCUCCGGUCCCUCAAAACCAGACGUCACAUUGGGAAAGCUGCUGGACUUAAUCUUUAAAAUAAUCCCCCGGAGAGGGUGGCUGGCAUCGUCUGGCCCCGUGGCCCGGAGAGUUGGCCUUGGCUGACAGAGACUCGUUUUGUAUCGGAAGAGAGAGAGGGAGUGUAGGAGCGCGGAGCAUCCUGUGGAGGAGAUGCCUUUUGAAAACCAUCCAGAGCAGCGGUAGAAACAGUUUUGUGUUGCUUUGUUUUGUUUAUAUACUGAUUUUUUGGUGUGUGAAAUGCUAUUUUGGUUAAAAGAAGAAAUGGCCCCCCAAGAGCUCACCCGACGACUGGCCACCGUGACCACUCAUAUCGAUGAAAUUAUGCAGCAGGAGAUCAGGCCCUUGUUGGCAGUGGAUAUCAUUGAACCACUUCACAGACAAUUUGCCAUUCUUUCAGGAGGCCGAGGGAAAGACGGCGCCCCCAUCAUCACUUUCCCAGAGUUUGUGGGGUUCAGACACAUCCCGGAUGAGGACUUUCUGAAUGUCGUGACCUACCUGACCAGCAUCCCCAGUAUGGAGGCUGCUGGCAUCGGAUUUGUCAUCGUUAUCGACAGACGAAGGGACAAGUGGAGCUCCGUAAAAGCGUCCUUGACACGAAUAGCCGUAGCAUUUCCAGGAAACUUGCAGCUCAUAUUCAUCCUUCGUCCAUCUCGCUUCAUCCAGAGGACACUCACUGACAUUGGCAUUAGAUACUAUCGAGAUGAGUUUAAAAUGAAAGUACCGAUUAUCCUGCUAAGUUCCAUCUCUGACCUUCAAGGCUACAUUGACAAAAGCCAACUGACAGAGGACUUGGGGGGGACUUUGGAGUAUCGCCACAGUCAGUGGAUAAACCAUCGAACUGCCAUAGAAAACUUUGCCUUGACAUUGAAAACCACUGCCCAGAUGCUUCAGAUGUUUGGGGCCCACCUGGCCACGACAGAGCUUCCCAGAGGCGUGCCAUCCACCGAAGAGCUUCUGCUGUCCCACACAAGGCAGCGGGACAAGCUGCGGGAUGAGCUGAAGUUACUUGGAGAGCAAGGAGCCACAUUGCUGGCAUGUAUUCAAGAACCAGCAACCAAAAGUCCCACUAGCAAACUCAAUCCCAAUGAACUUGAUAAUGUAGCUACCAUGGAAAGGUUACUGGUUCAACUGGAUGAAACAGAAAGAGCCUUUACACAGUUUUGGUCUGAGCAUCACCUGAAGCUUAAUCAAUGCCUACAGCUACAGCACUUUGAGCACAGUUUUUGUGAGGUUAAGCUUGCCCUGGACAACUUACUGGCAGAGCAAGCAGAAUUUACAGACAUCGGAGACAGUGUGAUUCGCGUGGAGCAACUUCUUAAGGAGCACAAAAAACUGAGAGAAAAAGGCCAGGAGCCCUUGGAAAAAGCCCAGCUGCUUGCCAUCAUCGGGGACCAGCACAUCCAAAGCCACCACUACGCAGCUGACUCCAUCAGGCCCAAGUGUGCGGAGCUCAGGCGCCUCUGUGCCGACUGCGUCAAUGAGAACAAGAAAAAAUACGACCUUUUAGGAAAGUCUUUGGAGUUGCACAGACAGCUGGACAAGGUCAGCCAGUGGUGUGAAGCGGGAAUCUACCUCUUGGCGUCCCAAGCUGUAGACAAGUGCCAGUCGCGAGAAGGUGUUGACGUUUCCUUGAAUGACAUUCAGGCAUUCCUGAGCACGGCGAAGGAGUACCAGUUGCCCAGCUCCAAGGAGUUUUACCACCAGUUUGAGUUGAUACUCACCCCUGACGUGGAGGCCAGAGCCCAGAGAGUCCUGCAGAAGCUGGGUGAUGUACAGGAAAUAUUUCACAAGAGGCAAAUGAGUCUGAUGAAACUGGCAGCCAGACAGACUCGUCCUGUGCAACCUGUGGCCCCCCACCCUGAGUCCUCCCCAAAAUGGGUGUCACCGAAAACCAGCCAGCCCUCCGUCUUGGCUCCUCCUCAGAAAACAUCUGAGCAACCCUCAGAUGUGGAGGCAGAUUUGAACUCCCUGGAAAAGGAAGCCGACAAGACUAAAUUUGAAGGCAAGAAUGAAGAAAUACUUGAAGGCAGUCACGAUGGGGAGAAGCCUGUGCUGGAGCAGCUCGACUGUCCUGAAAAUCUUUCCCCCAGCAGGCACAUUAUACGUGACUUGCUUGAGACUGAAGAGGCUUAUAUAAAAGAGAUGAAGAGCAUAAUUGAUGGUUAUAUCACUCCAAUGGAUUUUAUUUGGCUGAAGCAUCUGAUUCCAGACAUUCUGCAGAAUAACAAGGAUUUUCUCUUUGGGAAUAUUAGAGAACUUUACGAAUUUCACAACAGGACUUUUCUGAAAGAAUUGGAAAAGUGCACUGAAAAUCCUGAACUUCUGGCACGUUGCUUCCUCCAGAGAAAAGAAGAUCUUCAGAUCUAUUUUAAAUACCAUAAGAAUUUGCCCCGAGCUAGGGCAAUCUGGCAAGAAUGUCAAGACUGUGCCUACUUUGGGGUAUGCCAGCGCCAGUUGGAUCACAACCUCCCUCUUUUUAAGUAUCUUGGAGGACCGAGCCAGAGACUCGUAAAAUACCAGAUGCUGUUGAAGGGUCUGCUGGAUUUGGAGUCUCCUGAGGAUUUGGAGGCAGACCCAGGUGACCUAGGAGGAGGUUUGACUAAGAAGGGGCCAAAGAGGACCGAGGAUUCUACAUCCUUAGCUGAACUACACCAGGCUUUGGCCGUGGUGGAGGAUUUGAUCAAGUCCUGUGAACUGGCCGUGGACCUGGCCGCAGUCACUGGAUGCCCGGACGACAUCAGACAAAUGGGCAAGCUGCUGAUGCAUGGCUCCUUCAGCGUCUGGACAGUGCACAGGGAUGGCUACAAGAUGAAGGAUUUUAUUCGCUUUAAGCCCAGCCAGAGGCAAAUCUACCUAUUUGAAAGGGGAAUAGUGUUCUGUAAGAUACGAAUGGAGCCCAGUGACCAGGGCCGCUCUCCUCAUUACAGCUUUAAGAAGUCUAUGAAGUUGACGACACUGUCAAUUCACCAACUUGAAAGGGGGAGCAACAGAAAGUUUGAAAUUGCCAGCCGAAAUGGACUUGAGAAAUACAUCCUGCAGGCAGCCUCGAAAGAAAUCAGAGAUUGUUGGUUUUCGGAAAUAAGUAAAUUAUUGAUGGAACAACAAAACAAUAAUAAAGAUGUUUGUGAGGAUGAAGACAAUGACAGACAAACUUCUCCCAAAUGCUGCUCCCUCAAGGCUCCUAUUUCCACGGAGAUGGUCGGUAGUGAAGGGACAGAGGAUAUGCAGAAGGAGGGCAGCGCUCUGGGUCUCUCGGGACUUUUCCAGUUGGAUGACAGUUAUGAUGCCUGUGCUGCCACGUCUGUUCUGGACACACGAGGAAGCAUCCAGGGAGAAAAAGAAGGUGAUGAUGAGAAGGACACGUGAGUGUGAACAAGGAAAGAAAACUACCAUGUUGAGAAGACACUGAAGCAGCCCGGUGACAAGACCCACAUGCGAGACCUGAAGCCUCUUGCCAGCAGCACGUGAAUGAGCCACGUUGGACGCAGAUUCUCCAGCCCCAGUGAAGCCUUCAGGUGGCUUCUGUUCCAGCUGAUUUCUUGGUUCAAACCACAUGAGAGACCCAGAACCAGAAGAACCCAGCUAAGAUGUCUAUGAACUCAUUACCAGAGGACCA